CGCAAAAACGUGGUAAAGGCAUGUUUGUUGAAAAACUGAAAAAAUUCAUGUACUGACAUUUAUUUUGCAUCCUGUAGUAUAUCCCAUCUCUGAGUAUAUCGUAGGUUUCACUGUUGAUUUUUUGAUAAACGAGACGAGAAAUCUAUAAGCGAUAUCAAGAUGGAAGUUGAUCCAGUAGACGAUGUUAAUGAAAAUGGUGAGGAUUUAGUAGGAGAAGAAGAGGAAGACGAAGACGAAGAUGAUGAUGAUGAUGAAGAAGAAGAAGAAGAUGGUAGCUCGGAAGAGUCAAUGGAAGAAGAUGAAAACGAGGUAGAUACAGAUGGAUUCGCAGUGCCUCAGAGUGUCGAGAAAUCAGUUUAUCUGCCCGGUCAGCCUUUGGAGAAAGGAGAAGGAUUAGAUUACAAUAGAAGUGCCUAUCGAAUGUAUCAUCAGGCACAAACAGGCGCUCCUUGUCUAAGUUUUGACGUAAUUCGCGACGAUCUAGGAAUUUCACGCGAAACGUAUCCACUCUCCAUGUAUUUGGUAGCCGGAACACAAGCAGCAAGAGCUCACGUAAAUAACCUCCUGGUCAUGAAAAUGACAAAUUUAACUGGAAAAAAUGAAGCCGAAAUAGGGUCCGAUGACGAGUCCGAUGACGAUUCUAGCGACUCGGACGAGGAGAAUGAGAAAGGUCCUAAAAUGCAAGAAGUAUCGAUCAGACACCAAGGAUGUGUUAACAGAAUUAGAUGUACACAAUUGGAAAAUACAACAUUGGCAGCAAGUUGGAGUGAAUUAGGUCGCGUUCACAUUUGGGACUUAAAAGAACAACUAAAAGCAUUAGACGAUCCCCAAUUACUGGAAAAGUAUCGAAAGAAUUGUGAAAAAUCGGAGAAGGCUGUGAAGCCAAUUUUCACUUUCAAGGGUCACUUGACCGAAGGUUAUGCAAUUGAUUGGAGUCCGACGAGAGAAGGAUUUUUGGCUACUGGUGAUUGCAAGGGCAACAUUCACAUAUGGAACUAUGCAAACGGUUUUCAGUGGAAUGUGGAUCAAAAGCCUUAUAAUUCACACGCACCGCACAGUGUUGAAGAUUUGCAGUGGUCUCCUAACGAGAGGAACGUUUUGGCUUCUUGUUCUGUCGACAAAAGUAUAAAAAUCUGGGACACAAGAGUGGAUCCAAAGUCAGCUUGUAUGCUGACAGCAAAAGAUGCUCAUACAGCGGAUGUGAAUGUCAUAUCCUGGAAUCGAAAGGAGUCAAGAUUCCUCGUCUCCGGAGGCGACGACGGUGUAGUUGCCGUUUGGGACUUGCGUCAAUUCGGCUCUAGCACUCCCGUUGCCAUUUUCAAGCAACACACGGCGCCAGUCACGACAGUAGAAUGGCACCCAGAAGACUCGACUGUCUUCGCUUCCGGUGGAGCCGAUGACCAAAUAGCCCAGUGGGACUUGUCCCUGGAAGUCGAUAGUGACCAUCCACAGGCCACGGAUAUGCCCCAAUUGCCUCCACAGCUCCUCUUCAUUCACCAGGGACAAACCGACAUCAAAGAACUUCACUGGCAUCCCCAAUGUCCCGGAACUCUCAUCUCGACAGCGCAAUCCGGGCUCGACAUGUUCCGGACGAUUAGUGUAUAGUAAGUUUUCUAUUUCUUCUACAAUUUCACAUCUCAAAGAAUAAUGACUUUCUUUAAUUGUGAUUAGUUAGUUUAUUUACGAUUUCUUAUAAAAUGUAAACAAAAUAAAAGAAGAUACAUUUUAAAAA